AUGGCCACCCACACAGUUCCUCCAGCCAAAGCUGACCCCAUCAUCAUUGUGGGUGCUGGGAUAUUCGGUCUAAGUGCUGCCAUUCACUUGGCGGAGCGAGGAUACACGGAUGUGACAGUUCUCGACAAGCAGCCCUACGAGAAGACCUUGUAUUCAUACUUUGAAGGCUGCGAUGCUGCUUCUGCUGACAUCAACAAGAUCAUUCGCGCGGCGUACGGCUCACAGGCCAUAUACCAAGACCUCAGCCUAGAGGCAAUCAAGGGAUGGAAUUCUUGGACCGAAGAACUCCGGCGUGGUGGCUCAGCUGUGCCUCCUGGAAUGUCCUCAACUGAUGAUCUCUGGAUCAACAAUGGCGACCUGUCAUGCACCGACUCAGACACUUUGCCUGACUUUGAGAAGGCAACCAUCGAGAACAUGAACAUAGCUGGGUAUCACGACACCCAACUUGUGAACAGCAAUAAAGAUCACAUGCGCUUGGCCAAGGAAAGAGGCUUCGCAGCAAGAAUGAACCCCUUCUCGCAAAAGCUACUUGGCGUGAUGGAUACCACUGGUGGCAUCACUCUGGCAGACAAGGCUUGUCGAUUUGCCCUGCACAAAGCAAAACGUUUGGGUGUCCGAUUCAUUCUGGACCCCGUCGUGGGAAAAGUGGCCUCUUUGGUGCAAGAUGGGAGUGUCAAGAUAGAAGGUGUUCGAACUGUUGAUGGGAAGACACACCGCGCCGCGUUGACUAUCGUCGCCUGUGGCGGUUGGACGCCGAGCUUGGUGCCAUCACUAGACAGGUUGGCAGAGGCGACGGCGGGAUCUGUCGUCAUCUUCAAGCUCCCAGAGACCCUCCGGCAGCGCUUUUCUCCAUCCAACUUCCCAGCUUGGUCCUUCAAGAUCGCCGACGGACCUGACGCUGGGUUGUACGGGUUCCCCGUCGACGAGCAAGGUCAUUUGAAGAUCGGUUACCGGGGAACAAAGUACACCAACCCACGGGUACAGCUGGAUGGUCGUGAACGCAGUGUGCCCGUCACGCGAUGGACCGAGGAUGAGCAGAUCCGCAAGGUGCCCACCAAAGCCGUCGAGGUUAUCCGCAAGUUCACAGACGAAUACCUGCCCGAGCUAGCAGACAUUGAUAUCUCCACGACGAGAUUGUGUUGGUACACUGAUUCCUUCGACAACCACUUUGUCAUCGAUCGAGUCCCUGACAACCAAGGCCUCAUGGUCGUCACGGCGGGCAGUGGCCACGCGUUCAAGUAUCUACCCACCAUUGGCAGUUGGAUAGUGGACAUCAUAGAAGGGAAGGACAUGGACAGACCAGCGGUAAAGGCUUGGAGAUGGAGGUCAUUGGGCAAGGAUGGGAAGCCAGUGAAUGAGUUGAUGGAGGGAUCAAGGGGGAGACGAGCAUUGCAGAAUAUCCCUCUCACCUCAGGACAAAUCCAGGUCUCGAAGCUAUAG